AUGAAUAAACUGGCGGUAAAGUAUCUUCUUAAUGAUAUUGUGAUUGAAAAAAUUCCGAUUUGGAAAGAUUUCAUUCAUUGGAUAUUAAGUCUUAUAGUAUAGGUUGGAUAUGGACUAACAGUAUUUUAUGGGUUUUGGGAAAUUUUCUUUUGUGGUAAAGGAGUUUGCACUCAUGAACCAUCAAAGAAAAAAGUGCUUGAUAACAUUGUCUAACGCAAAGAUGAAACAGUUAUUUAAGUACUUUAAUUUUAAGGUGAAAGAUAGGAAUGA